AUAAAAUUUCGUUUUAAAUUUCAAUUCCUCCACGCUAGGAAGUUGUUGGAAGCGUUACUACACAAUAUACUUGUUGGUGCGUGGCACUGAAGAAGGCUAUUAAUUAGGCCUCCAUCCUUCGUUUAUUUUCUACUUUUUUUCUUUAUAUAUACUUCUCUUUUGUCAUCUAUAAAUCUCACCUAGCUCAAUGUGAUAUCCAUCCCUCACUCAUUUAUUCCAUUAAAGCAUUUUUCAAGUGGGAGAAAAUACAAAAAUAAUAAAUAUAUAAUCUCCCUACAUUUCUUUUGCUUUUAUACAAUAUAUACUAUUAUAUUAUAUAUUAUUUUAUAUUAUAUAUUAUAAAAUAUACAUUAUAAUGCAUUGUGCUUCAUUCUCUAAGAUGACUUCCAUGAAUAUUGUUUUGUAUAUUGUAGCAUUGUUGUUAGCCUUGGUUUCUAUCAAGGUUGAAGCUCAAAGAGCCUUCUUUGUAUUUGGAGAUUCGCUAGUCGAUAAUGGCAACAACAACUACUUAGCCACCACCGCGAGGGCUGAUAGACCACCGUAUGGUAUUGACUCACCCAAUGGCCCCACUGGUCGCUUCUCCAAUGGCAAGAACCUCGUAGAUCUUAUUUGUGAUCAACUUGGAAUAGAGCCCCUAUUGCCCAACUUAAGUCCCGAGCUGCAAGGAGAAAAUCUUCUGGUUGGCGCAAACUUUGCUUCUGCUGGUAUUGGGAUUCUUAAUGACACUGGUGUUCAGUUUGUAAACAUAAUAAGGAUGGCGCAGCAGUAUCAGUAUUUUGAGCAAUACCAACAAAAAUUAGCAGAAUUAAUUGGAGAAGAAGAAGCAAUAAACCGAAUUAAUGGAGCAUUAUUUUUAAUCACACUUGGUGGCAAUGACUUUAUCAACAAUUACUUCGUCCUCCCAGUUACCGCUAGACGUAUCCAAUUCCCAAAUCUAUCUGACUACGUUAAUUUUGUCAUCUCUGAAUACGAGAGUAUUCUAUAUAGAUUAUAUGAGCUCGGAGCUAGAAGAGUAUUGGUAACCGGAACUGGACCUAUUGGUUGCGUUCCCGGAGUGUUGGCAACACAGGGAAGUGCAAACGGCGAAUGUGCGCCGGAGCCGCAACAAGCCGGUGCCAUUUACAACCCAAGGUUGAAUGCAAUGUUACAAGAUCUUAACUCUAGAAUUGGCGCCGAUGUUUUUAUUGCCUCUAAUACUCAAGGGAUGUUGAACGAGUUCCUUGAAUACCCUCAAAGAUAUGGAUUUGAAGUGUCAAGGAUAGCAUGUUGUGGGCAAGGGCCCUACAAUGGGCUUGGUUUUUGCACAUUGGCAUCAAAUCUAUGUCCAGAUAGGAAUGUUUAUUCCUUUUGGGAUCCAUACCACCCAACUGAGAGGGCUAACAGAUACAUUGUGCAACAAAUGAUGGUUGGUUCUAUUGAUCAUAUGAGCCCCAUGAACCUUAGCACAAUCUUGGCCAUUGAUUCUAAUACCUAAUUUAUUAUGAUCAUGAAUUAAUGAUGAUGAUGAUACAUAUGGGCCUUUAAUUUCCUUCUUGUUUUCUAGUUUUUGGGUGCUCUUUUUCAAGUGUAAUCAUCUAUUCACUAUUAUAAAGGUUGUAAAAUUAGGCAUGCACAAGUUAGAUGGCUUGAAAUUUAAGCUAUUUCUAUUAUUGUUUGUCACUGUUAUUGUGGAUUUUAUUAAAUAAUAAUAUUGUUGUUACAAUUUUACUUGUAAGCAAUUUACAAUUUAGUGUUUGGUUAUAAACUCUCUUAAA